CAUCACAUGAAGUGACUGUCAACAUGCAAGAUGGCUACGCAUCACAGGCAAAAUGCAGCUGGGCGGAGAAAAGUACAGGUCUCCUACGUUAUUAGAGACGAGGUGGAAAAGUAUAAUCGGAAUGGGGUGAACGCCCUCCAGCUUGACCCUGCUUUGAACCGGCUCUUCACAGCAGGAAGAGACUCUAUCAUCCGGAUAUGGAGUGUUUAUCAGCACAAACAGGAUCCAUACAUUGCAUCUAUGGAGCAUCAUACAGACUGGGUUAAUGAUAUAGUUCUCUGUUGCAAUGGGAAAACAUUGAUAUCGGCCUCAUCAGAUACAACAGUCAAAGUAUGGAACGCACAUAAAGGCUUUUGCAUGUCGACGUUACGGACGCACAAAGACUACGUAAAAGCUCUGGCAUAUGCCAAGGACAAGGAGCUUGUGGCAUCAGCUGGUCUGGACAGGCAGAUCUUUCUUUGGGAUGUGAACACACUAACAGCCCUAACAGCUUCCAACAACACUGUCACCACUUCAUCACUGAGUGGAAACAAGGACUCGAUCUAUAGUCUGGCCAUGAACCAGAUGGGUACAGUUAUUGUUUCUGGAUCUACUGAAAAGGUUUUGAGAGUGUGGGAUCCUCGAACAUGUGCAAAACUAAUGAAGCUAAAAGGUCACACAGACAACGUCAAGUCUUUGCUGCUGAAUCGAGACGGCACUCAGUGCCUGUCAGGCAGCUCGGAUGGGACCAUUCGCUUGUGGUCACUAGGCCAGCAGAGGUGUAUUGCRACCUACCGGGUGCAUGACGAAGGGGUGUGGGCCUUGCAGGUCAAUGAGGCUUUUACACACGUGUAUUCUGGAGGCAGAGACAAAAAGAUUUACUGUACUGACCUGCGUAACCCAGACAUCCGAGUGCUCAUCUGUGAAGAGAAGGCCCCAGUGCUCAAAAUGGAACUGGACAGAUCUGCUGACCCACCUCCAUCAAUCUGGGUUUCUACCACCAAGUCAUCUGUUAAUAAAUGGUCUCUAAAGGGAAUGCACAACUUCAGAUCAUCAGGGGAGUACGACAAUGACUGCAGUACACCUCUGACUCCACUCUGUACUCAGCCAGAACAAGUCAUCAAGGGAGGUGCCAGUAUUAUACAGUGCCACAUUCUAAAUGACAAGAGGCACAUCCUCACCAAAGACACUAACAACAACGUGGCAUUUUGGGAUGUAUUAAAGGCUUGCAAGGGUGAAGACUUAGGAAAAGUGGAGUUUGAUGAAGAAAUUAAAAAGCGCUUCAAAAUGGUCUAUGUGCCAAACUGGUUUUCUGUUGAUCUGAAAACUGGGAUGCUCACCAUCACUUUGGAUGAGAGUGACUGCUUUGCCGCCUGGGUGUCUGCAAAAGAUGCAGGGUUUUCCAGUUCUGAUGGAUCUGACCCAAAGUUGAACCUGGGUGGAUUGUUGCUCCAAGCUCUGCUGGAGUUCUGGCCCAGAACUCGCAUCAACCCCAUGGAUGAGGAAGAGAACGAGGUGAACCACGUGAACGGAGAGCAGGAGAACAGGGUCCAGAAAGGAAAUGGAUAUUUCCAGGUUCCACCUCAUACGCCCGUUAUCUUUGGAGAAGCAGGAGGAAGAACUCUUUUUAGGCUGCUGUGUAGAGAUUCAGGUGGAGAGACUGAAUCAAUGCUGCUGAACGAGACAGUCCCACAGUGGGUUAUUGAUAUAACUGUAGAUGGACCGUCUCUCAGCCAGUGACAUGCUCCAGGUGAGGAAGGUGAUGGAGCACGUUUACGAGAAGAUCAUCAACCUGGACAACGAGUCGCAGACCACCAGRUCCUCGGCCAACGAUAAACCAGGGGAGCAGGAGAAGGAGGAGGACAUGGCCAUGCUAGCCGAGGAGAAGAUUGAGCUAAUGUGUCAGGACCAGGUUCUAGACCCCAACAUGGACCUGCGGACAGUUAAACAUUUUAUCUGGAAGAGCGGAGGGGACUUGACACUUCACUAUAGGCAGAAGUCCACAUGAAAGUCGUCAUUUUUACAACCAGAACUCUUCGUCAUUUGCCAAUCACCGCCCACCUCCAACAUGUAGUACCCUAUAUCCCAUUGUGUGGUCCAGAGUCGCAGUAUCAAUGAGAACCCAGUAAAGGUGUGAGGACAUGAUUCACCAUGUAUCAUAGGGACGAGACCUGAGCACUCCYGCGCAGCCAACACACCCCUGGGAAAAUAAGAGGUCCAUAAUGGUUCUUUAACAGUUUGAGGAAUGGACUGUUUCCAGAUUUCAGCAGGUUUUUUGUUUCCUUCGAUCUUUGCCUGAAUGGCGUUUAUUUUGAGGCGACUGAAGUUCCAGUCUGUGUUUGUGUCUGAAUGUGUUUAUGCACAUGGAUGUAGUAGACUGCUCUAGUACAUUCCAGAAACUGUCCUUGUUCUACAAACACUUUGCACCUGUCUCAGCAGAACCACCUCUGUAGGAGAACACCUGGUCUCUGGGUAGCAUCACAGCCCCCCCCCCCCCCCCCCCCAAAAAAAAAAGAAACACCUGCUCUGUUGUAGACGUCAACUUAACCUUCAGUUCAGACAUUAAUUCUUACAGAACCUCACUGACAGACACAUCUUGUGUUUUUUGUUUUUGAUUUUUAGCUGUGCUGUUCUCCAUAGAAUGUUACUUUUUUGUAAAUAUAUGCGCAACAUUUUUGAUUCAAAUGAGUUUCUUUUGCGGCAGGUUUUUGUUCUUGUACAGUUUCCAUACAAACUAACAAGUUUUUUUUGUUUUGUUUUUCCCCCAAAUUCCAAGAGCACAUCAUCAUGACAGUAGUUUUUGGAUGAGAAUUGCAUUUGUUGUAUUCAGGGCAAAUGUUACUCGCGUCCAACUUAUAAUUAGAAACUCAUUUAUAAGGAAUAUAAUGAAAAACUUGUGCUCACAUGCUGUGUUUGGCUCAUGAAGCAAAGACAUGGACAUUGAAGGGUUUKCUUGUGUAUAUGUCAUUUAGAUUUAUUAAGAGUAAAUAUAACUUAAAGGAGACAAGAGAUUUUUUUAGAGAAUCCAGCCAAUGUGGGAAACUCACCAAAGUGAAAUAAUCGCUAACAUCUGUGGAUACUUUAUCUAAAUAUUCUGGAGGUAAUUUUGCCAUGACGCAAGUGGACGACGCCAUAAAGGAGARUGCAUCGAGUGAGCUCUAAUUGGCCAAAACAUAGAAUGUGUACCACGAUUAGGCCAUACUGCUGCAAUAUUCCUUGUUGUAAUAACUUGUGAGAUAUGUAUAUUUUAGGCAUUCAAACAACUAAAUUGGAACGGUCUUAAUGACUAAACUGUAGGGAUUAUGAAUGGAUGUUUCUAGAGUUGUAAUGUGUUCAGCUGAUGAGCGUGAAAUAAAAACAAGGGACACUUUU